GACACGCAUUCUCAAAAUGAAUCGCACUUUCUAAGGACGUAGCGAUCUAGACAUUGGAAAAAAUGGAGUACAUUAUCGAUGUCAUUGAUGUGAAUAAAUCUAUAAACUGUAAGUAUAAAAUGAGAUUGAAUUUAAAUCUUUUCUUUUGACCUUUUUCAUCAGUACUUGCCUUUCUGCUUCAAUCGAUCGCAAUUCGCGCAACCGUUACGGCUGUGUGGCCGGAGAAGCAUUAAAUAGACAUAAAAUGUGGUGCAUUUAGCAGCAAUCUAAGCUCGUCGAUAUUGAUAUUUUCGAUAGCUACCGCGCUCUGCGAGGGAGGGGGGACACCCCCCUCCCGCGACCCUCCCCCCGUGCGUGCUUCGCACGCACACCAAGGCCGCUGCGCGGCUUGCGUAUCAUCGCUUCGCGCCGCCAAGCGUCAGAAUGAACCUGGCGAGAACGUUGUUUUCAGCUAUUCAGAUUGGUAAAAGAGUUGAUUUGAUUAAAAAUCAAUCCGUCACUUUCCUUCCAUGCCCUUUUUGUCUCACCUGCAUAGCAGAGUGAGACUAUAGGCGCCGCUUUUCCGACGGCGGCGGCGACGGCGGCGGCGGCGUCAACACCAAAUCUUAACCUGAGGUUAAGUUUUUGAAAUGACAGCAUAACUUAGAAAGUAUAUGGACCUAGUUCAUGAAACUUGGCCAUAAGGUUAAUCAAAUAUUACUGAACACCCUGCCUGGGUUUCAUGUCACAUGACCAAGGUCAAAGGUCAUUUAGGGUCAAUGAACUUAGACCAUGUUGGGGGAAUCAACAUCAAAAUCUUAACCUAAGGUUAAGUUUUUGAAAUGUCAUCAUAACUUAGAAAAUAUAUGGACCUAGUUCAUGAAACUUAUACAUAAGGUUAAUCAAGUAUCACUGAACAUCCUGCUUGAGUUUCACAUCACAUGACCAAGGUCAAAGGUCAUUUAGGGUCAAUGAACUUUGGCCGAAUUGGGGGUAUCUGUUGAAUUACCAUCAUAACUUUCCUUCCAUGCCCUUUUUGUCUCACCUGCAUAGCAGAGUGAGACUAUAGGCGCCGCUUUUCCGACGGCGACGGCGACGGCGGCGGCGGCGUCAACACCAAAUCUUAACCUGAGGUUAAGUUUUUGAAAUGACAGCAUAACUUAGAAAGUUUAUGGAUCUGAUUCAUGAAACUUGGACAUAAUAGUAAUCAAGUAUUACUGAACAUCCUGUGCAAGUUUCAGGUCACAUGAUCAAGGUCAAAGGUCAUUUAGGGUCAAUGAACUUUGGCCAAAUUGGGGUAUUUGUUGAAUUACAGCCAUAAAUUUGAAAGUGUGUUGGUCUAGUACAUAAAACUUGGACAUAAUAGUAAUCAAGUAUCACUGAACAUCCUGUGCGAGUUUCUGGUCACAUGAUCAAGGUCAAAGGUCAUGUAAGGUCAAAGAACUUUGGCCACGUUGGGGGUAUUUGUUGAAUUGCCAUCAUAUCUCUAUAAGUGUAUUGGUCUAGUUCAUAAAACGUGGAAAUAAGAGUAACCAAGUAUCACUGAACAUCUUGUGCGAGUUAUAGUAGUUUUCAAAAUCAGCACUGCUGCUAUAUUGAAUCGCGUGAUGCAGGUGAGACGGCCAGAGGCAUUCCACUUGUUGUGUAAUGCGACAGACCGAUUUUUGGGACGUCAUGGCAUCCACAAUGUACAGCAUACAACGUUUCUGUAUCGUUUUAAAGCCUCAGUUGUCAAGAUAAAUUGACAGUACAUGUACAGUAUAAACUUGACAGAAAGACUCACCCAGGGCUGUAAUACUGGCAGCACCAAACUUAUUCCCUGACCAUGGAAUCGCCUAUGUAUUCAGCUGUUGAGAUUAAAAAAUACAUUUAUUUGUGUAUUCAUUGUUAUAUAAUUCUAACAUCCUUUCAUCAAUUAUUGUUUUCUUCAUUAUUUUAAUAGUGGAAGGGACUCCACUAUUAAAUUGGAGGGGCUGUCAGAGUCAUGAUAGUAUGUAGGCCAAGAUCUGUUGGUCUUGUUGCUGCAGUUACCUGCAGCAGAUCUUAAUAUAGAGGAUACAUCGUAAACCACAUGACUUCAAACAUCCCAUUUUCUCUGAAUUACCUGAGUUUAAGGUGUUUUCGCAUGUUACACUAUCGACAUGUACAUUGGAUCCUGCUUCAGCUCAAUAAAAACACAUGAAGGAUAUAUUUUUUUUGCUUUCCAUUUUAAUACAACAAAUUGACUGAAACACAUUAAGUUUUAAUUCUCUGAAACACCUUUUUCAAAAACAACCUACAAGAAUCCUUUAAAUAAAAUUUCAUUCUGGAAGCAAACUUGAAUCCUGAUUCAUUCUUAUUUACAAAAUAACCAUAAAUCAUUAUUAUGAAGAAUUCCAGGAUAAAGAUUUCAAAAAGCAAGUUUCUUUGCAUGUACAUGUAUACAUGUACAUGUUAUUAUGUACAAUAUUGUGCAUGCACAGUUGUAUGUUAAAGUUCUCAAACAUGUUUCACAAUCUAUGAGAAAUAACCUUAAAUGAUUUUAGUUUAUUUUUCCAAAACACUUUUUCGAUGGGCUGAAAAAAAAAGAUAAAUCAUUGAACAUAGCCGUUAUGAUAUUUCACCUUGUUCCAAAUUUUUUUUGUGAAAUGAAGUUUGAAUAAUUCUUUUGAUUUAUUUUUUCUUCAUACUUAUAGGCUCCUCACAUCGAAGGAAGAGAUGAAGAUGAGUGUCUUUGUGUUCACUACGAAGGUCUAUGAGUAGACGCUUCGUAAAGUGCCUUCAGCUGUCUGUUGCCCUCUGUGGUUUGCCUUCAUCAAUACUUGACAGAAAUGAUUUGAUCAUUCUGCUGUUGUAACAUAAAAAUUGUUGGAAUCACGUGGUGCCAAACGGAACAAGUGUUUGCCAUUCAUACAUGUACAAUCAGUGUCAUUUUACUCUGGAGACUGUGGCACUCUAGGAACUCAGAAUGAUCAUGGAUUGCACUGUGGAGGAAUCUAUGAUAAAGCUAAGGGGUGUGGUCAAAGAUGCAGGGGAGGGGUGUGAGAUGACCCCGCCCAUUGAAUGUCGAUUGACCCAGACAGGAGGGGAGGUGGAAACCCUUUUGUCAACUGUUCUCAAAACACAGAGGGAAAGCCUGCAUGAUGAGGAUGCUGAAUCUGAUGCUGUUGUUAAGCAACAAACAGCAGUAGACGAGGUUCUCUACCAUGCUAUGGUCCAUCUUGAUACAGAACUGAGCAAGAAAGACAAAGAUAGCCAGGAGGAAACAGAGAUUGAGGUUAAUCUCUUGGCUCGUUUGGAACAAGUUCUGGAGUACUGCUCACAUCGUCUGGACAACAAGAUCAUCUCAUUAGAAGUUCUACUACUCCUCUCUGUGGUGCUUGAUCCUCAUGCAAGCUUCAACAAAGCAGAUACCUGGUCGUCUCGUUCCUCUUUCUCAAAGAGUUCAGUACUGGCCCAGUUGAUAAACCACUUUGGUGCAUGUGGAGGGUUUGAACUAGUCAGACAGAGACUGAGACAAGCUAGAGACCUCAGUAUUGCUCAUUUAGCAGCUCUUUUGAGGCCUUUUGGACAGUGUUACCAGCAGCUAACAGCAGAUACAAUCAAAAGCUACUUCCUUCCAACAGUGGAUUCGGUAUGCUCUCAUCUCCUAUCAUGCUCAGACAGGCAGUUGUUUCAACAAGAUAUUCAGGUGGGGGAUUUACAGGCCACUUACCUUGUUGGACCUCGAGCAGCUUACGUCAUAGUGGAGGCUGUUAUGAAUCUCUUGUCAGCUGUCAAGUCAGAAGAAGCUGAGGCAGAGGUCAAAGUUCAGUAUUGGCAAGACACCAUUCUCACAAGGUUAAAGCAUGCUUUAGAAGAUGAAGCAAGCUCUGGAGAAUGUACCCCCUCAGCUGGUACGGCCAGUCCUCAGGGACAGGUAGCUUCAAGACGUACGUCUCGGGAAAGUCAGAAAGACAUCACUACUCCAGGAUCUAUCAAUGAUAGUGAAUGUGAGAUGAAAUCACCAACCAGCCUGAGUAGUAGAUCCUGUCAGACUUUACCUUACAUGGUAGACUCAGUCCAGCAGGAUACGUUAGAUCUUAUUGAACGACUAGCCAAAGAGAGUGGCACUCCUCCUUUCAAAGACCCUCUAACUUCCUCAUCACCAUGUAGUCCUGCGGAUACGUGCUCUGACUCUGGCACGAUAGCUGACCCCACAGACUGUGCCUCGGCCUCGCAACAGAUGAUCACCAUUGAUAUCGAACCGCCAUCUCCGCGACCUCCUCAUGCAUCCACCGCGACCAUGGAUGCCACAAUCGAUCUGGACAUGCCCUCCACGUCCUAUGGGAUUGUUGAGCACCCCAGUAAGUUCCCGUUUGAUCGGAUGAAGCCGGAGUUGGUGUCUAGUGAUGUCAUCGUCUGGAACCAGGGGCGCCCUUGCCCAACAUUGCCUUGUGGGUCAAGAAACCCAUUGGAGAGUAAGCAUCUUCCAUUAGGAAUUGGGUUGGAUUCUAGUGAUACAUCAUCCAUGGUGUCAAUGACAUCGGUAGCAAGGUCAGCAAGUGAACUUGGGACAACGUGUCGGGUUUGCUUUGAAGGAGAGACUUCAUCUAAGAACAGACUGAUCAGACCUUGCAGGUGUACUGGUUCAGCAGCAAGUAUUCAUCGUCAGUGUCUGGUUAAAUGGAUCCAGAUAUCAGGAAAUAGAACGUGUGAGGUAUGUGGGGCACGCUUCAGUUAUGUACCUCUCUCGGAACACAUGCGAGGCGUCAUGGAUAAAUUCAGGUCAAAUCGGAGAUGGAGAAAUGUGGCGUUUGCUGUUCUUGUCGGACUGGUGGUCAUCCUUUAUCUAAUCAUCUUUGCUGUGUUCCCUGGUGGGAUAAUGAACAAUUAACCCCCCUCCCCUCCCAACCCCCCCCCCCCUGCUCCCCUGUCUGAUCCUACCCUCCAUCAUUCAUUAUAUAUAACAUUUAUUCUACAUAUCUAGAACUACAAUUACUAAGAAAGAUAUUUAGUGUAGAUUCAUACUCACUCUGUAUAGGGUGUUCAAAUACAACAUACAACAUCUAGAGACUUUGUAACUUGUAUAUUAGGAUGUAUACCCUGUAUAUAUGUAUAGCAUUCCUGUUAUCAUUGUCUGCUCUAGACAGAUUUGACAGAAUGGGAUAUAGACAUUGAACGGAGGUAUGGGAUUCCUAUUGCCUCACUUUCUUAUGAAAAAACUUAUAACAGGCUAAAGGAUUUAAGUCAAAGGCUGCCUUGCCUGUCUGAAGUCAGCGGGGCAUUUUUUUCUAAAAACGUACAGACAACAUGGGUUUCCUGAAUUUACAUGUGGUUAUUCUUUAUCAAUGAAAGCUUGGCAAAUACACAAAUUUCACUUCAGAUUUCAGUGUCAAAGUUCAACUCUCACAUAAAUAUGAAUAUUUAGAUCAGUUAUAUAUCCUAAUAACAAGUGAAUGUCAUUGGUUAUCCUGAGUAGUGUCUGUCCUCAGUUGAUAAAGAUACAUAUGAUGCAACACUGAGCACAUCGUGUGUCCGUAGUUGAUAAAGGUACAUACGACACGACACUUGACGAAGCCAUGCAUGCCUGCGUAAGAGGUCCCCAGUUGUUCCAAUAUAGGUUCAUUAUUAAUGGGUGCGUGUAUCGCAUCCAAUUUUAACAAUUGAUUGUGCUGUGUGCAUGUAUCUCCACUUUCAGGGUAACAAAAGAGAAAGACAUCAGUGAUAUGAUAUGCAUUAUAGUAGAAUGGUGGGAGCCUUAUAAUCUUGUGGUAGUGGCUUCCAAUUUUAGAGGGUUUUGAGAUCGAAUCCCAGCCAUGGUGUCUUCUUCAGCAAAAAAUGAAAAAUAAUCCACAUUAUACAGUGCUCAACCUAGGUGUUGUACCUUGCCGGAAUUCAUUCCUUGAAAUGUCUCUGAAGCUGGAAGGUAGCUGGCUAUAGCCAGGUAAUUAAUGAUAACUGGCACCUAAAGAAAUCUGCAGAGUUUGUACGAGCAAUUUAUACGUUGCAUUAUUAUUAGAACAUUCAUGCAAGGUUUUUGGUAGAUAGGUAGUUGUAGGAAUCGGAUUGUUAAACAAGAAGUCAUGUUAUUGUUGAAAAUACUACAUGCUCAGACUAGCAUUCCGAUCAAAGUGUGACUUACAUUUGAUCACUUUUGAUGGGAUCUCUGUGAAAAGUCUUCUGUUAUUAUUUUGGCUGACAGUGGUUGCAGUGUAUGUGAAUAAAUGAUCCCUAGCUUCUUGCCAGUUUAUGAGAGGAGAUUGACUUGGGGUAUUGUGAUUGUGCUAUAUCUUGUGUAAAAGGGAGUGCAAUUUGUACAAGGGCCCUGCUGGAAAGUCUUUCAAUUUUCCUGCAAUAUUGCAUAAAGAUUUUUUUGGGGGGGUUUCACUUUGGUCUGUAAAAUCUCUGGAGGUUAUUUGAAUGGGUAAUGGUAUGUUUAAAAAUGAUUGCAUGUAGUAUGAUAUUCAAUGCCUCUAGAAAGAACAUACUAAAAUAUGAAUGUAUUGAGUCAUUCAUAGAAUCAUCCCUAAAUCCGGGGGGGGGGGGGGGGGGGGGGGGCACUUACAUUGACGAGUGGAUACGAUGUGCAUCCAAAAAAAACACGUAAAAUUGAUGUCUUUUUCAAGAUAGGGCACAGGGUGUCAAAAACACAAAAAUAUUGAAAAAAGGUAUCUAUUUCACUCAGAAAAAUAUAGGUGUUUAGGAACAAAUAUGCGGGAAUGAUAAAACAAAACAUGUUUUUAUAAAAGAUGUCUUUUUUGCCCCAACACUACGUGUUUAGAGUCCGAUUUGUGCGAGGUGUGGAAGGUGGGGCCGUACUUAAUCAAAUGGUGUAUAAAGGUAAAACCGACGGACCCGUGACAUAACAAUCGCUGUACAUGUUUAGGGGUUCAUUUCAGGGAAUACUUGCCAAGAGUCGUUUUGUUACCAAUACUUGUUAAGGGGUGCAUUUUCAGAAUAUGGAAAAUACAUCGCUGUACUUGUUUAGGGGCUCAAUUCUGGGAAUACUUGCCAAUAGUAUUUGUUUCCAAUACUUGUUAAGGGUAGGGUUUCACACGCCAAUACUUGUUAAGGGGUGCAUUUUCAGAAAAUGGAAAAUACGUGUUUAGGGUGCUUUUCGAGACCCCAUGGCCACGCAUGGUAUCAACUCGUCAAUGGAAGUGGCCCCUCCGGGCCCUAAAUGCCAAUUUUAAAUUAUUGAAGAUGGUUUAAUGAAGGUAAUACUUGUGGUGUUACUCAGCGAUUUUUGUAAUUAAAUGUGUGAGGUUUUAUCGCAAGUUUUAGAAACUUAACUUUGUUUUGGACCUGCAUCUUUAUUUAUAGAAUUUACAGUAAUAGCUGGUUUGUCUCAUAUGCAAUGAAGCAAAAUUUUAUAUUCAUGGUUUUCUUUAUGUGUGUUUAUUAGGCUUGAUGAUGGUAUUGAUAUGAUUGCAUAAACCUGAACCCAUUUGAUUGAUGAGGUUGUCUGAAUGCACUCAAUGGAUAUGAUCGCAUAUUACAAGCUCAAUGCAGUCAAUUGAUAUGAUUUGCAUAAACCUAAAGGCAUUCAAUCAAUAUGAUUACAUAAACCUGAUUGCAUUAAUCAAAUGCAAUCAUUAAAUAUAUUUACAAGCUAUCCAGCAGGGCCUUUGAUGAAUUUGAAAUGAAAAAAAAAAGAAAGAAAAAAGAAGAAGAAUGAGAAAAGGGUUGAUUAUCAUUGACAAACAGGCUGAAAUAUGAACAGUGCGAAGGAACGCUGCUUGUCAUCAAUUGCAAGUCAAAUUCUUUUAUUGAUAUUUACUAUUGAUUGCAAGUAGGUUUCUUGCUAAUUUAGUUCACAUGAUGGAAUGUAAGGUACCAUCAUUUGAAUGUAUUUUCAAAGAAAAAGUAAAACUUAUACUCCAUUGAAGAAAAAUUCAUAGUGGGCAUACAAGCUCAAAUGGUACAAUUAUGUAUACAGGUACGAAUAAUCACACUGAUUUAUGGUGAAUAUCUUUUAAAAAAAUUAACCAUUUGAAAUUGAUUUGAAUUCUGCUUGACCUGCAUUUAUUCAUUUCAGAUAUACUUGGUCAUGAUGUACAGUUAAUGCAUGUAGCUAUGUGUGUUGAUUC